UAUUAAAUAUUUCACUGCUUUUUUUUUGCAGUUCAAAUAAACCUACUUUGGACAUUGCUUACCUUGUUGUAUGGCUAACUGCCCUACUGACACACAUAAAUACACAUGCGCACUAGAGAUGGUGGGGUGCAACUAACCACAACUGCAUUACAAUAUAUCCUGUUAAACCAUCACUGUGAGUUUCUGACUGUCCGUUCUCCAAACAUCCACAGCUUGCGAUUACCGCCUCCUGAGCAAGUUGCUGUCUCCCUUCUAAUCUGAAAGGAAUCAGUCUCCGCACCCAUUUUCUAUUCAACUUUUCAAAUGAUAGAUCUCAAUUUUGCAAAAGGAGUAACAUCCAUGUCAAGAUGACAGAUGGAUUUCGCCCCAAACCUGAACUCUUCCGAUGGCUUCAGCAUGGCGAGAGCGGCCAACGUGUGCGACAUCGACUUCAGCCAGGACACCGUGUUUCUCCCCGUCCUGUACGGCAUCUUCUUCACCGUGGGGCUCCCCCUGAACCUGCUGGCCAUGUACGGGCUCUACCGCCUGAUCAAGUCCGAGAACGUGCUCCCGGUGUACCUGAUCAACCUGCUCCUCUCCGACCUCCUCCAGCUGCUCACCCUGCCGCUGUGGAUGGACUACUACAGCAGUGGGCACCGCUGGCGCUACGGGCCCCAGGCCUGCCAGGUGAUGGCCCUGGUCUUCUACGUCAGCAUCUACGCCAGCAUAUUCUUCAUGUGCGCCAUCGCGCUGGAGCGCCACCUGGCGGUGGCCCGGCCGUUCCGGUUCCAGGCGGCGCGCAGCCUCAGGAACGCCCGCUGGGUGGCGCUCAGCCUGUGGGUGGCGGUGGCGGUGCCCCCCUCCGUCGCCCUGAAGGUCCUGUUCCCCGUCUCGGAGGACUCCGCCCUCUGCAUCGAGAAGUACCCGUCUGAGCAGGCCUUCGUCACCUACCGCCUGGUCACCCUGGUCCUCUCCUUCUUCCUCCCGCUGGCCUUCAUCGCCGCCCUCCACCGGGCGACCCUGCGGGCGCUGGCGGGCGUGGGCUCCCUGGCGCGGGGGGAGAAGAGGCGGAUCCGCGGCCUGCUCACCCUGCUGGUGGUGACCUUCGUGCUGGUGCUGGGGCCCUACCACCUGGUCGGCUCGGUGAAGUACGUGGGGCUGCUGUUCCGCCCGGGGGACUGCGAGUGGGAGGACGCCGUGUACCUGCCCUACCAGGGCGGCCGAGCGCUGCUCUGCCUCAACAGCAUCCUGGAUCCCGUCUUUUACAUCUUCCUCCGCGGCGACUUUAGAGAGGCGGCCCGCAGGUACGUGCCCUGCCUGAAGAGGGCGCAGUGGUUUGCCAGCCAGGAGAGGUCCUCGGACCUGGGGGAGAGACCCACGAACUCCACGCAAGACCCCGAGAUGUGAAAAAUGAGCGGUCGUUAGAGUUAGCAUGUUGUUCAGCCCUUUAUUUGCUUGCGUUGUUUUUAUUGAGCAGGGGAGGCCAGUCUUAUGUGAAAGGGGCCAGUGUAGGUACAGGUUUUUGUUUUUGGUUCAGCAUUAUGUAAUGUAAUGCAUUAAGACACCUGAUUCUGCUGAUCAGUAUCUUGUUUGAAGGUGGUGAUUAAUUAAAUAGUUGAAUCAGGUGUCUUAGUGCUGGGCUUAAACAAAAACCUGCAACUGCACCAGCCCUGUUCGGAAAAUAUUGGACAUCCCCAUGAUAGAACAUGUGAGAUAUACAUGUAAAUGCUAAAUGCUAUAAUGGUAGAAAUCACUGCCAUUUUUUUGUGUUUCAUAUGAUUCAGUCAUUCUAAAUUUAGUUCCUGAUUAUGAAAUGUUCUUUCAACAUUUUUGACAGAUUUGUGUGUGUGUACGUGCGCGCGCGCGCAUGUGUAGAUCUUACUGCUUACCACAGUGUAUAUUUUUGCAUCAUUUGCUAUGUAUUGAAAAUAGUACACCGCUUAUAACAUUCCAGAUGAUUAUUUUAAGCUUUUUUAAAUAUGAUGCGUAUCAUUUCUUUUUUAUUUUUUGAAUAGUUAAAAUAAAUUCUCAUUAACUUUAUUAAUUAUAACUUUAAAAGUUAUAAUUAUAACUUUAUUAUCUUAAUAGUAGAAAUGUGUGGAAGAUGGCGCAUUCCAUUUUACAACUUUUAUUUAAUGUUUGCUAUUUCAGUUAGGAAAUCUUCAAUUCACAGCUCACAUUAAGGUUUCAACAAUAAUGAUUGUAGUAAUUAACUUCUGACUGCUUUCAUUAACUAUGCAUUACUUUGAGAAAAAAGAAGCUCCAUGUUUCAUUUCAUCAGUGAGUUCUGCAAAAUGACCUGCCAUAUUGUAGAUAACAGGGUUUCCAUAUUUAUGGAUUGUGUAUCAGUGUAUUAUGUUUAGUGUAGCUGUGCCUAAUCUUACCACUUUUUCAUUGUGUGUUCCAUUUUGUAAUGUCAGUUACUGGCUAUCAAAAUCAUUCUUGUAUGUAUGAUAGGUUGUUUAAAAAAAAAAAUUGAUAUAUAUAUAUAUAUAUAUAUAUAUAUAUAUUAUAUGUAUAUAUAUUUUGGUAUUUUUGAUGUACAAUCUGUUCUGCCUGCAUAUUUAUUCCGUCUGUGCUGGUCCCAAUCUUGCCAUUCCAUGAAGCCUGAGCUCAC